GAGUAGUAAAUGCAAGAAACGGGUCCCAAAGUAAGCCCAAGAACUCCAUUGACCACAAUCCACCUGGGUGUGCUCUGACGUCACCAGGGGGCAGUUUGUGGUUUUUGGGCACCCUCAACUUUUGUACAAAAUGACAUUUAUGACACAUUUCGUAAAUAGGCAGCCGUUCUUUCUUUGAAAGUCCGAACUUGUCCGAGUGACGACAGACGUGAAGGCAACUGACGAUCCAAAAUGGCGAAGCACAACAAGGAUCUAGAAGAGGAGCUCUACGACAAGGUCGUGGACCUCACCGAGUACGCCAAACGUCAGCGAUGGUGGAACCGCCUUUUCGGCAAGACGUCCGGCCCCGUCGCGGAGAAGUACUCGGUGGCCACGCAGCUCGCCAUCGGCGGACUGAGCGGAUGGUGUGCAGGUUAUCUCUUCCAGAAGGUCGGCAAGGUGGCCGCCACCUCCGUGGGCGGGGGGCUUCUCUUGUUACAGGUAGCCAACAAUAGCGGCUACAUCCAAGUGGACUGGAAGCGAGUGGAAAAGGACGUGAACAAAGCCAAGAAGCAGAUCAGGAAGAACACGGAUAAGGCGGCUCCGGAGCUCAACACUUUAGUCGAGAGGUCUACAGAGUUUGUGAAGAAGAACAUCGUGGUGACCAGCGGCUUCGUCGGAGGUUUCCUGCUGGGCUUGGCGUCGUAGGACGCGCCGAGGGCACGUGUCCGGGUCGCCGUGGGCCCCGCCCCUUUUCGUCACUGACUCCACUUUUAAGAAGCGCUCCCGUCACGGACUUCUCGUACCGCGCCGAAGAAUCGCCCUUGCGUUUGUUACGAACGUCUUCAUCAGGUGAGGCCAUAUUUAAAAAGAAACGCGAGGCUCCAGAUGUCCCUGGAGCCGCACUUUGAACACCCCUGAUGAACACGGACAUUCAAAAGGCAAAAACCAUUUUUAAUGUUCCGACAUUGAUUUUGAUUUUUCUUGUUCCACGUGGCGGCGUUGCGCCGCAUCAUCAAUCAAAAGUCAAAGAAUGGAAUGAAUUUUGCCGCGUUUCACUAAGUUACGGCUUCAAUGUAUCCCCAUCGUCAUCGCGUACGUGUGAAGAGUAAAUAAAAAUAGAUUUGAACAAAUG